AUGGGGCAUUUCGACGCGGGACACGAACUGAAGAAACCCUGGAUUGAAACGCCGUUGAUCGAGUCGGCGACACUUUCGAAGGCAGCUGGAUGUCGAAUCUUCCUCAAAAUAGAGUCCCUGCAACCGUCUGGGUCGUUCAAAUCACGGGGCAUUGGAAACUUGGUCCUGACAUCUCUUGCUGACCCAUCAAACAAUGGCAAGACCCUGCACUUCUUCAGCUCCUCGGCAGGCAAUGCGGGACUCGCAGCAGUCGUCGCCUCUCGGGAUCUCGGUUGUGCCUGUACUGUUGUUGUGCCCCUUAGCGCGAGUCCUAUGAUGGUCGAAAAACUACGCGCUGCAGGGGCUUCGGAUGUUAUUCGCCAAGGGGCCAGUUGGUUCGAAGCUGACGCCCAUCUGCGGGAAACCUUCAUCGAGAAUGAAGACACCAAGCCAGAUUCUUUGACCAGGAACAUCUAUAUUCCUCCAUUCAAUCACCCUGACAUCUGGCGAGGUGCGGGGACUAUGGUUGAUGAGAUGGUUCGGCAAUUACCUCCAGGGUGUUGCGGCAAAGCCGAUACUUUUUGUUCUUUCCCGGCAGAUGCGAUUAUCUGCAGCGUUGGUGGUGGUGGUCUUCUGAACGGAAUUGUUGGUGGCCUUGAGAGGCAUUUGCCAACUGAUCGAUCGACAAUGCCUUCCAAGAAAGCGGUUCGGGUCAUUGCUGUUGAAACAGCUGGAGCAGAUGCGCUGGCGCAUUCGCUUCGCCAUGGUUCUUUGUACACUCUGCCUGCAAUUACAUCCCAGGCAAUCACCUUAGGUGCACUCUGCGUGGCACCGCAGACGUUCAAAAACGCACAAUCCCCUCCGCCCGGUGUCGAGGUUAUUAGUGUGGUAGGUACCGACGCUGACGCUGCGAGGGGCGUUGUGCGUUUGUGCGACGAGCUGCGAUUGGAGGUCGAGUUGGCUUGCGGAAUAAGUGUUCAAGUGGGGUUAGACAGGCUCAAGGAAGUCAUGCCAGACCUCACACCGGAUAGUCGGGUAGUGAUUGUUGUUUGCGGAGGAAGCGCCGUGACUCCCGAAAUGAUCACAGAUUACCGCCAGAAGCUUGCGAAUGGGUGGCGAUGA